GCGACUCUCUCGUGUUGAGGUCUUCGCUUUGCAACCUUUUUUUAAAGUACGACUUUGCGACUCUAUAACUUCACCUAACCCCAGUCGGCCUUUCAAAUUUUCUACAAAUCCCAUUUCCAUUUCUGUGCUCAGUCAAUGCUCGCAUUCUCUUGCUCGAUCUCUGUCUCUUAUCUAUUAACCCGUAUAUCCUGUGAGACGCAGAGUGACAGAGUAAAGGGUUGGGUUGAGACGUUGAUCACAUACCAUGUCUGACAUUGUCGACGAGGCUUGGAGGAAAUAUCUCCUGCAGCUUCAGCUUCACCCUCUCAGAACCAAGGCAAUUACAGCUGGAUUUUUAGCUGGGUGUAGUGAUACAGUCGCCCAAAAGAUUUCUGGGAUCAAGAAGCUUCAACUGAAAAGAUUACUUCUUGUCAUGCUCUAUGGGUUUGCAUACGCUGGGCCUUUCGGGCAUUUCCUCCACAAGUUGAUGGAUAAAAUUUUCAAAGGGAAGAAGGGCAACAAAACUGUUGUGAAGAAGGUGUUAUUGGAACAGUUAACUUCCUCUCCGUGGAACAACCUUUUCUUUAUGAUCUAUUAUGGUUUGGUAGUAGAAGGAAGACCAUGGGGUUUAGUCAAGCAUAAAGUUAGAAAGGACUACCCCUCUGUUCAGUUAACAGCAUGGAAGUUUUGGCCUAUAGUUGGUUGGGUGAAUUACCAGUACAUGCCUUUGCAAUUCCGUGUUAUAUUCCACAGCUUUGUUGCCUCGUGCUGGUAGAGACUAUCCCCCCUAUCCCCGAAGGGCUUGACAAAGACUGGUAAAGUUGACUCAGGAAUACCUUUUAGGUGUCAUCUGCCUGCAGCAACUACUCAGGUGUACCUUGAGACUUCCAAGUAGUGAGUCUGUUCGUGCAAUUCAUGCCAGUUACCUUUCAGUUUCAUUAUCUUCUUCUUGUUGGUUGUCCUAUGUAGGGAUACCAAUAGAUGAAAUCAAAAUGGAAGGGCCAAGAAGUGGGAUUAAAACUCGAGGGAAUACCAAUUGGUUGUCACAUGGCAAACAUUUGAAAUUCUGCUGUUUCCUUCAGGUUCCUACUGGCAUGACAAAAAAUGUGAAGCAAAUGUUUCAAUACGAUAUCACUGCUGGGAACGACCAAGCGCGUGGCUUCUGGUCUUCAUCAUUAGGAAAAAAAAAUUAUUGUAGUAAUUAUCAUGCAUUGUUUAAGUUGGUAGUAUUAUAGUAUGCAUACGCAUAUAUACAUGCAUAUAACAUCAUACAAGUAUUCUCUUAUUACCCAAUGUAUUUAAUAAUGUCUGGAAUAUUUAGUAGUUAGCACUGACUCAGUCCUUUUUCUGCGUGUUAACUUCAGGGCGAUCUUUCUAAAUCUGAAAGCUAGAUCUGUUGCAAUUAAGAAGGCAUAGAAUGAAGAAACUUUCUCAUGUUUGGUUUGUA